AUGGAUGCCCCACACUCCCAUCUCUCCUUCAUCGGCAUUGUCGAUUUUGCCCCCGAGGCGAACUGGGUCUUUGUCAGCGAGUCGGUGACGGAUUUGCUGGGCUACGAACCAGCGGAUCUCCGCGGCACCCCUUCCCUCCAGCUCGUCCAUCCAGACGAAUUUCCUAGAGUCCAGAAGAUGCACUAUCAAACUAUACAAGAAGAUAAGGCGGCGGUUAUCGCGUACCUCCGUCUACGACACAAGGACCCAUACAAGGGUUACGUCCUGUGCGGCAUCUCUCGAACUGUCGUUCACAAUGUUCUCGUUGGAAGUGUCUCGUUUGCGACGCCCGGCGCGAAGGCGUUACAUAAUGCUUCAACAGCGCAGGAGAUUACUGUCAUUACACCCCAUGCCCGGGAUUUCGAAUUUAGACGAUGGAAUGACCCAUCACCGAUGCCCCCCGAUGCUCCUCUGCCCAGAGGACGUAGCCUUUCCCUCACGUCCGAUGGCUUCUCACGCCGAAAUCCAAGCUACUCCCCGCCCAGGAGCAGGUCGAAACCAAGAGGGAGAAGGCCACGCAAGAGUCGAUCCCGUGGGCGCGAUGACAGCUCAUCAGACAGCCCCUCCAGAUCCCCAUCCCCUAGGCCAGCCGUAAAUGAAGACCUAGACUUCGAUCUGCUGCCACUUCAAUCCUUCAGAACCGCGUUGAUCCUUGACAGGUUUUCUGUUAAUUGCCCCAUCAUCUACUGUUCGAAUGACUUGUUGCUCUCGACAACGACUGCCAUGGGUCGAAGCUUUUUCGAUUUUGUGGCCAAGAAGGACGAAGAGAUCGUGCGCAGCUGGAUGGAUGUCGUCAAGGGAUGGGGGGUAAAUGAACGUGGCCAACCUAGCGACGGGGGCUUUGGUUAUGGAAAAUUCACGCUUCUAACAGAAGGAAGAGACUCCUCAACCCGCAUGCCGGAACCACCUCCAUCGAGGCACCGCCAAGGAUCCACGUCGAGAGCGCGGGCCCCCAGCGUUCGGGCUCGCGGUGUAAUUCGACCUCGUAUUCACGCCCUUCUGUCUCCAGACUCAUCUCGUCAAGUACCCGUAGAUGCCAUUUUCUCUGCCCAUUCUGAUGGUAUGAUGGUUAUCCUCCGCCACGCCAACACCGGGGCCUAG